UAAGUUGUUUAAUAUAUUCCUUUUACUUGUUUACACGAUUAGUAUUUUUGUAUUGUAACCACCUAUUUAUAUAUGAAAUUGACAUGAAGAGACUCAUCCCAUUGAAACACAAAUCAGCACAAUGAGCAACAUCGAAAUCGAAGUACUAUCCACCUCGAUAAUUAAACCAUCUUCCCCAACACCAAGCCACCUUCGUACACACCAACUCUCGUUUAUCGACCAACUAUGCGGCCAUAUCUACAAUCCUUCGGUCUUGUUCUACCCGCCACAACAAGACAUCAAUGGAAAGCAACUCGAUCUAGUUGAAAUAUCCAACAAGCUUAAGCAAUCUUUAUCGGAGGUCUUAAGCUGGUAUUAUCCAUUAGCUGGGCGAUUGAAUAGGGAUGGCAAUGACCCUUUUGUUGAUUGCAACGAUGAGGGCGUUCCUUAUGUUGAAGCACGAGUUGUCAAUUGCAAAGUAUCUGACAUUGUUCGAAAUCCAAUCCUCCAUGAGCUCCCAAAGUUUGUCCCUCUUAACCUAUAUGGCAAGGUUGACCUAUUACUCGGUGCCCAACUCACUAUCUUCGAUUGUGGCGGGAUAGCCAUUGCUUCUUGUGUUAGCCACAAGGUUGGCGAUGGCUUGUCAGCUUUGAUGUUCACAAAAUGUUGGGCAGCCAUAGCUAGAGGAGAAGAUCAUGAUAAUGACCGCUUUUCGAAAAUGCUUAGGCCACAUUUUGUUUCAUCCAAGGCUUUUCCACCUAGGGAUAUUUCCGUGCUUGGUGUUGGGGUUGAUAUUCCAAUGAAGAAUAUCGUGGCAAGAAGGUUUGUGUUCGAGGCUUCGUGUUUAGAGGUUCUUAGGUCAAAGUAUCCAAAGAGCCAAAACAAAGAAGAGUUCUCAAAUUCGAGACGCUAUUCUCGUAUUGAGGCUUUGUCUGCUUUGAUUUGUACGCGUUAUAUAGCUACAAGUCUAGGGUUUGGGGGUGAAAAAAAGCGUUACGCUAUAGGGCAUGCAUUUAAUCUUCGUUCAAAGCUCGACCCUCCACUCUUAGAAAAUUCUUUUGGAAAUAUUUCUCGCACAAUCGUUAAGUCUUUAGAUUUGGAUUUGACAAGUUGUGGAGAGGAAGAGAUGUAUGGUGAGGUUGUGAAGCAGAUGAGGGAGUUGAUGAAUAGUGGUAAAGAGCAAGAGUUUGUGAGAAACCUCGAGAAAGGGAUUGAUCAAACCUCAAAUUUUUUGAAAGAUCAUGCCGAGGAAUUUGUGAAAGGAGAACUUGUUUCGUUUAACUUUACGAGUUUGUGUAGAUUUCCUCUCUAUGAAGAUUUUGGAUUUGGAAAGCCAUCUUGGGUGGCCACAAAUCCAAUCCCAUAUAAGAAUCUUAUUGUUUUUACUGAUAACAAAUCAUGUGAUGGGGUAGAAGUUUAUAUUGACAUGGAAGAAGAAGACAUGGCAAGACUUGAAAGAGAUGAUGAGUUCAUGUCAUUUGUUUCUCUUCCGGCUCAAAGUUAAUCAAUUUAGAUUUAAAUUUUUUGUGUUUGUGAUGCAUUAAUAAAUGAUUAAAUGUAUGAAUUUCAAUUGGAUUA